UCACGACGUGCGGGGAUGGUGAUGGACGGACCCAGAACGUUGGGGUCACGCUGGGGUCAGGCGGGUCACGUGGCUGCGGCGGCUCCUGGGUCGCGCGGACCGGGCCCGCCCCAUCCCCCUCCCCGGGCUCAGUUCCCGCCCCGCCCCCGGCAGCGGGGGCAGAGCCCGGGCCGGGCCGAUGUGCGGGGGGGGCGGGGCCAGCCGCUGCGAACUGCCCGUGGGACCCCCCCCCCACGGCCGCGUGUCGCGAGCACCCCACGGGCUCGGCGCCCCGAGGAGUCAGUUACCGGAGCAGCUAAUGGUGUUCGGGGGGGCCGGUCAGCAGCGGCUAGCUACCUGCUGCGCUUCGGCUACACGGAGUCCGAGGGGCAGACCCGCAGCAGGCAGGUGUCCCUGGGCAAGGCACUCAGGAGGAUGCAGAAGCAGCUGGGCCUGGAGGAGACGGGGAAGCUGGAUGCCAGCACGUUGGAUGCCAUGCGGGCACCUCGCUGCGGCGUCCCCGAUGUGGGCAGAUUCCUCACCUUCGAAGGAGACCUCAAGUGGGAUCACAAUGACCUCACUUACCGGGUACUAAACUACUCCCCAGACCUGGACACCUCUGUGAUAGACGAUGCCUUUGCACGAGCCUUCAAGGUGUGGAGUGACGUGACCCCACUCACCUUCACCCGGCUGCAGAGCGGCGAGGCCGACAUCAUGAUCCAGUUUGGCACCGACGAGCACGGUGACGGGUAUCCAUUUGACGGGAAGGACGGACUUCUGGCCCACGCUUUCCCCCCUGGCAAAGGGGUACAGGGAGAUGCCCACUUUGAUGACGACGAGUUCUGGACGCUGGGAACAGGGAUAGUGGUGAAAACCAGCUAUGGGAAUGCCAACGGGGCUGCCUGCCACUUCCCCUUCACCUUCGAGGGACAGUCCUACUCUACCUGCAUCUCGGAGGGGCGCUCCGACGGGCUGCCCUGGUGCGCCACCACCCCCAACUAUGACACGGACAAGGUGUACGGCUUCUGCCCGAGCGAGCUUCUCUACACCUACGACGGCAACAGCGACGGUGCCAAGUGCGUCUUCCCCUUCAUCUUCGAGGGGAAGUCCUACGAUGCCUGCACCACAGACGGGCGCUCUGAUGGCUACCGCUGGUGCGCCACCACCGCCAGCUUCGACCAGGACAAGAAAUACGGGUUCUGCCCCAACAGAGACACAGCUGUGAUUGGCGGGAACUCCCAGGGCGACCCAUGCGUGUUCCCGUUCACCUUCCUGAGCCAGACCUACAGCGCGUGCACCAGUGAGGGGCGGCAGGAUGGGAAGCUCUGGUGUGCCACCACCAGCAACUACGACACCGACCACAAGUGGGGCUUCUGUCCCGACCAAGGUUACAGCCUCUUCCUGGUUGCUGCCCAUGAGUUCGGCCAUUCUCUGGGCCUGGACCACUCCAGUGUCCGCGAGGCCUUGAUGUACCCCAUGUACAGCUACAUCAAGGACUUCCACCUGCACCCGGACGAUGUCAGCGGCAUCCAGUUCCUCUAUGGCCGGGGCUCUGGUCCUGCACCAACAGCCCAGGUGCCGGACAUCCCUGACCAGGCAACCACACAAGCCGAGGACACCACAACCACAGCAGAGCCUGACUCAGCCACGGAGGACGACUAUCCCCUGCCAACUGAGCCCAGCCCUGUGGACCCCAGCAGUGAUGCCUGCAAAGUGAAUUCCUUCGACGCCAUCACCGAGAUCAACGGGGAGCUGCAUUUCUUCAAGAGCGGGAAUUACUGGAAAAGCUCCGUGUCCCGGAAGGGGACAAUUCAGGGCCCGUUCCGGAUCUCGGCCACGUGGCCAGCCCUCCCGGCCCUCAUCAACGCCGCCUUCCAGGAUGUGCUCACCAAGAAGCUCUUCUUCUUCUCGGGUCGGCGUUUCUGGGUGUACACGGGCAGCAGCGUCGUGGGCCCCCGCGGGAUCGAGAAGCUGGGCAUUGGCAAGGAGGCAGAGCAGAUCUCGGGGGCCCUGCAGAGGGGGCGCGGCAAAGUGCUGCUCUUCAGUGGGGAGAAGUACUGGAGGCUGGACAUGAAAGUCCAGAAGGUGGACAAGGGCUACCCACGUCUCACGGAUGACACCUUUGCUGGCGUGCCCCUCAAUGCCCACGAUGUCUUCCUCUACCAAGGAAAGUACCACUUCUGCCAGGACCGUUUCUACUGGCGAAUGACUCCGCGCUACCAGGUGGAGCGGGUGGGCUACGUGAAAUACGACAUCCUGAACUGCCCAGAGCAGUAGGGCCCAGGCGGCUUCACCUGCACCAGAGCCAACCAGCCCCUCUCCCCGCCAGCCGCUCGUUCAUCCCCGCACCAGAGCCGGCCGGCGCCUCUCCCUGCCAGCCGCUCGUUCAUCCCUGGACCAGAGCCGGCCGGCGCCUCUCCCCGCCAGCCGCUCGUUCAUCCCUGGACCAGAGCCGGCCGGCGCCUCUCCCCGCCAGCCGCUCGUUCAUCCCCGCACCAGAGCCGGCCGGCGCCUCUCCCCGCUAGUGGCUCGUUCAUCCCUGGACCAGAGCCGGCCGGCGCCUCUCCCCGCCAGCCGCUCGUUCAUCCCUGGACCAGAGCCGGCCGGCGCCUCUCCCCGCUAGUGGCUCGUUCAUCCCCGGACCAGAGCCGGCCGGCGCCUCUCCCUGCCAGCCGCUCGUUCAUCCCCGCACCAGAGCCGGCCGGCGCCUCUCCCUGCCAGCCGCUCGUUCAUCCCCGCACCAGAGCCGGCCGGCGCCUCUCCCCGCUAGUGGCUCGUUCAUCCCUGGACCAGAGCUGGCCGGCGCCUCUCCCUGCCAGCCGCUCGUUCAUCCCCGCACCAGAGCCGGCCGGCGCCUCUCCCCGCUAGUGGCUCGUUCAUCCCUGGACCAGAGCUGGCCGGCGCCUCUCCCUGCCAGCCGCUCGUUCAUCCCUGGACCAGAGCCGGCCGGCGCCUCUCCCCGCUAGCGGCUCGUUCAUCCCUGGACCAGAGCCGGCCGGCGCCUCUCCCCGCCAGCGGCUCGUUCAUCCCCGCACCAGAGCCGGCCGGCGCCUCUCCCCGCUAGUGGCUCGUUCAUCCCUGGACCAGAGCCGGCCGGCGCCUCUCCCCGCUAGUGGCUCGUUCAUCCCUGCAGACUCUUGGUUUUUGUUGUUUUGUUCCGUGUGGCAGCCUGAGUCCAGCAGGGGAGGUGAAGGAGGUGGCACGUGGAAUCUCUGCCCAGGCGGGUCCAGGGAGGGAUGGGCCCUGCUUUCCAGAGACUCUGGGCAGCCUAGAGGUGACAGCCUCUGGGAGCGGUAAUAUCCUGGUCCCUCAGCGCCAGCUGCAUCCUGGGGGGGGGGGGAGAACAGGACGCUUUAGCUAAAGGCUCUCGUCCCUGGCCCGGGUCUCUGUGGGUGGCGGCCCCAUGCCUGCGGGUGCUGCACGGAUUGGUUUGCCUGGUGCAAACUGCUCAGAGAUUUGUAAGCGACUUUGUCUUUUUCCAAAGUUGAUUAAGUCCGUGUCUGUCUGUCUGGGUUUGCUCAGGAGCUGGUGCCUGCGCACUGGGGGCCUGGUGGGUGCCAUCAGCCUCAGUGGGCGCAGGGAGUGCUGGGCGUGGCCCUCGCUCUCUCUCCUGCUGCCAUUUUUGUACCUUGUACAUUUUUAAUAAAGAGAAUCCUGGAGAAA